GGCGGAAGUGAGGCUUCCAGUAAAGCGCGAGGGCGGGGCGCAGUGAAGAGGUGGUUGGCUGGAUGCUAUUUGGUUUACAUAACCAAAACGUUUACUGUGAUUCAUUGAAAAGGCCUCGCGUUGUAUUCUCACAUAUUUAAAACAUCCAACAUUAUUUCUGCUGUGUAGCCUGAGUCAGUUAAGGUUGUAUAGUGUGUUCUAAGGGAGAUCUGGAAAAGCAAAGUCGAGGUGCGUGGCAGCAGAAACACUCAUCUGCAUCUUUCCCGGACAGACAGUCUGUGGACUGAGGGACCCUGCCCUGCUCUGCUGCACACCAGCAGCUCACUCACUGUAGACGGGAUUUGCAGACACGGUAGCCAGAGAAUGAGCACGGAGGAGAAUCCCGCUGCUGAGCCUGCGCCUGUGAUCGACGUGCAGGGAGACGGACGCUGGAUGUCACAGCAUAACCGGUUUGUGCAGGAGUGCAAGGAUGCAGAGCCUGAUGUUCUGUUUGUGGGGGACUCAAUGGUGCAGCUAAUGCAGCAGUAUGAGGUGUGGAGGGAAGUGUUCUCUCCUCUCCAUGCCCUGAACUUUGGGAUUGGUGGAGACACAACAUGUAAUGUGCUGUGGAGACUACAGAAUGGAGAACUGGAGAACAUCAGACCCAGAGUGGUGGUUUUAUGGGUAGGAACCAAUAAUCAUGAGCACACUGCGGACCAAGUUGCAGGAGGAAUACUGGCCAUUGCACAGUUAGUUCUGUCUCGCCUCCCCAAGUCCAAAAUGAUUGUUUUGGGCCUGUUGCCAAGGGGAGAGUUUCCUAACCCCCUGAGAGAGAAAAAUGCAGCAGUGAAUAAUCUACUUCGCGCAUCUCUACCUCAACUCGGCCCCGUUCAAUUUAUUGAUGUGGGAGGUAGUUUUGUCCACUCAGAUGGGGCUAUUUCGUCUCGAGACAUGUUUGACUUCCUGCAUCUGACUGCCAGUGCAUACAGGACCAUAUCAAUGACUCUUCAUGAGCUGCUGCUUCAAAUGUUGGAGGAAAUGCCUCAGGAGAGGCGGGCACUGCUGGUCUAGGAAGGGCCACUGCAUUGGUCAAUCACUGAAGAGGCAGGGUUAAGAAUUGUGUGCUAUUCAGAAUGUACCUAAAAUACUUUAUUUAGCAAGACUAAGAAAAGUACAAAAAGAACAGCCAGGUAAAAGGUGAUGUAGGACAGUGGCCAAUGUUAUAUGAUCAGUAGAUUGUGUAUAUGUAUCUAAGAUGCAUAAUAGACAACAGAAUAUGAAAGAAGAAAUAUUUGUGACAAGAAAUAUUCUUUCUUAGGACCAUUGCUUUGCAGUGGGACCAGAAUCUCUUCAAAAUUCCAUUGUCACAGUCUGAACAACCUUUAGUACUGUAGUAGCACUUAAUCUGCCAUCUCAUCCGUGCCUUCAUACAUGCACUCGGUCACACAGUGGUGUUAUGAUGACGGCAACAUGAUUCACUUCAUGCAAGUGAAACCAUGCUUUUGAAAUAUGUAAAACCUCCUUUUUCUCUUUUGCCCUUUCCCAAUAACACAACUAUGAUAUAUUGGAGGAAGACUGGACACCAUGUCAUACCUUGUGUUUGUGAGUUUGGGUUUGAAAAAGCACCUCUUAAGCAUCUAAUGCACAACCGUGAGAUUUUCAAUGUUAAUAUUUAUCACAAUUGCAUCCAUGUUUUUGUGUAUGUGUCCAUGCGCUCUAUUAAGUAUUAUGUGGAGAGGUAAGUGUGUGUAUGGGAGAGCCAGUGGGCAAGAAGUGAUAAAUAAAGUUGUGUGUGUGUGUGUAUGUAUAUGUAUUAUAUAUGUAUAUAGAAUCUGUUAGUAUUAAUGUACUCUGUGCAAAGUACUUUCCGGUGCUGGUGUAUGUGAAUGUUUUUGUGUUUGAGUGUAAGAGAUCAACCAUCUAUAACUAUUUGUAUAGCCCACAAUGCGUGCACUGUUACUGUGGCACAACUGCCACAUGCUUCAGAUCCAAGCAUUACAAUAAAUCAGCAGAGAUCGAA